GCCUUGGCAAUGAUUUGUUGAAUGAGGUGAAUGCGCCAGAGGAGUUUCACGAAUCUUGUGACAAUUCUGCGUGCACGCUCCGAAUUGUACAGAUAACAGAUGUGUAUGUGCUGGACAAUUUCCCCAGUCUACGCAAUUUGAUCAAGGAGCAGAGUCUCGAGCUUGAGCGCAGAUGUGGUGGUCAAACCAUCAGUAUGUUGACCGGCGAUUUCCUUGCCCCGUACCUCCUUUCGUCCAUUGACAUGGGUGUUGGUAUGAUGAAGAUGUGUAAUGGGACCCCAAUAGACUAUUUGACAUGGGGCAACCAUGAGGAUGACAUUCCUCACCACGAAGUUAUGAAGCGAGAACGAGAAUAUACGGGAGUGUGGAUCAACACAAACAUGCAGUCACACGCCUCCUUCAAAGGCUCCACGUGCCAAGUUGACGCUGAGGUGAUACAAAUCGUGUCACGAGACGGAAACAACAAAAGGCGCAUUGGCCUGAUAGGGCUGCUGAGCAAUUCGCCCAGCCUUUACAGACCGGGAGCUUUUGGUGGAGCUGUGAUCGAAGAUCCUUGGGAAGUGAUGGCGAACUACAAGUUGAAAUUGGAGGGAGAGAAAUCUUGCGAUGUUGUGGUUCCGCUGUGCCACCUGUACGAGCCGCAGGAUGAAAGAACUUGCAGAGAAUUUGAUUUCCCAGUCGUGCUGAGCGGGCAUGAUCAUCAUGUCGUAGACCGCCUGGUGGACGGCACACGUUUGCUGAAACCAGGGCAGGAUGGCAUCAAAGCAGUCAUCCUUGAUUUGACUUGGCGGAAUGCAGUGUCAAGCUCCCGCCCCGAUAUAGAGUACAGAAUCGUCAAUGUGGCGGACUGGCCGCCUGAUGAGGAUCUGAAAGAAGUAGCUGAAGAAGCUUACCGGGUCCUCGAUCCGCUGAAGAGGACACAAUUGGCACAAGUGCCGCAGGCUUACAGGCCCCUUUCAUCAGCGCAGUCUCGCGGCCAGCGAGUAUCCAUGGGUACAUACCUGCUCUCGAGAAUUCGGGAUGCAAUGAACAUAGACAUGCCUAUAGGUGAGAGAUAUGUGGACUGCGCUUUGCUAAAGGGUGGAAAUGUCCGCGGUGGGCGGACAUAUGCCGACGAUGAGCACAUCACCCUCGAGGUACUGCAGACAGAGCUUGAGGAGACGAAGCAGAUCUUGGUCAUCCCAGUUCCAGGAUCCAUCUUAAGAGUUGGACUGCGGGAGACUUUUGGAGCUCCAAACCCGGGCUGGAUGCAGUACGAUGACGAGGUUGAGCUUGACGAAGACGGCUUCGUUGUCAGCAUUGCUGGAGAACCUCUGGAUCCCGAUCGAAAGUACAAGGUCGCCAGUAUUGUGGAUUUCUGGCGGAAGCGAGAUGCGCCUAGCAUCGGUCAAUAUUUCGAGGAGCAUCCUGAGGAGCUUCCUGAGCUGGACUCUGGGAGGCCCGUACAUGCUCUGCUUUUUCAUUUCUUCGCGAUGCAGGUUUGGCAUCGGACUCAGUACGUCACAGGAGAUUGCUCGGCCACAAUUUGA